CAAGAUUCUACCGAUCAGUUUAUCUCGAAACGUUCGUCGACGCAAAAACGAAAAUCAAUACAGUGUGUGUGCCGAUCUCUUGCGACGAAAUAGUUUUUAGUCGUUAUUUAGGUGAAUCGGUGUUAUUUUUUUUCAAGUGAAUCUGUGAUAGAACACAUCUCAUAGUGUUAAAAUCGUUCCUCAAAAUGGGAAACCACUACCUAUUCGGAGCAGUGAAUUUUAUUCUCAUAAUUGCACAAAUAUCGACAAUCAAUGCGCAAGGGGAGCAAUGUUUUACACCAAAUAAUUCAUAUGGCAUCUGUGUGGUACUGCCCCAAUGUCCUUCUAUAGUCAACUAUUACGGUCAAAAUCAAGGCAAUCCUCAAGUGAUCAAUUACCUCUUGGCAUCACAACGAAAUUGUGGCACAAGAAGUAUAAGGCGGAAUCCACUCGUCUGUUGCGGUGAUCCUGUUAUUAAUCGCCCUCAGGAACCCCAACCACAGCCUUCCACUCCUCAACCCCAAACUUUUAAUCCACAACCCGACAUUCCAGAAGUCUCAACUGCUCCAAACACAACGCCAAGAACUACACAAACAACUACUUCAACUACUCAACGAACAACAACACAAUUUCCAAUUCCAGACUCAUCACGAUCAUCUGGUGAAUCAUGCCGUGAUCCAAAUGGUAUUGAAGGAGUUUGUAUGAGCAUCAAAGAAUGUCCAGUCAUACUAAACGAAUUUGUUGCAAAGAGCAAAGACAGUUCAUAUGUGCAAUACAUCAAAAGAUCAAAUGAAAAUUGUCGAAAUAUUCAGCCUUACAUUUGUUGUCCAUCGGAAAAUAAGCCGAUAAUUCAAACAGAUGCAUCACCUGUUGCACAAAUUCAAGGACGGUUACUCACUGCGGACGAAGGAUGCGGUUAUACGAAUGACACAACGACUCGUGUGGUUGGUGGAAGACCAGCGAAAAAUGGUCAAUAUGGAUGGAUGGCGCUCUUAGGAUAUGUCAACAAUUUGGGAGAACAGUCUUGGAAAUGCGGUGGGUCCUUAAUAACAUCACGGCACGUGUUGACUGCUGCUCAUUGCAUUUUAUCUACACUGUCGAACGUUCGAUUAGGCGAACAUGAUAUAAGUUCAACGUCUGACGGUGAGGUACAAGAUAUUAAAGUAAUUAGAUCAGAACGACACGCUGAUUAUAAUCGACGAGAUGGAACGAAUGACAUUGCAAUUUUGUAUCUUGAACGAGAUGUCCAAUUUUCAAAACGAAUACGUCCCGUGUGUUUGCCAGUUGAGGAACCCAUUCGAAGUCGAAGUUUUGUUGGCUGGAUGCCCUUCGUAGCAGGUUGGGGUCGACUUCAAGAAGGAGGGAAAUCUUCAAAUAUUCUUCAACACUUGCAAUUACCGAUUCUGCCCAAUGAUGAAUGCCAAGCGCAAUAUCAAAAACAGGGCAAAUUAAUUUCACAACAACAAUUUGGCGAUGCAGUUUUGUGUGCUGGUAUAUUGGAAGGUGGAAAAGACAGUUGCCAGGGCGAUUCAGGAGGUCCGUUGAUGCAGCCCGUACGACACAACGAAAAAGAAUUCCGAUACUAUCAAAUAGGGAUUGUAUCGUAUGGUAUCGGAUGUGCACGGACCAACACACCCGGUGUCUAUUCCCGCGUUCAACACUUUAUCGAUUGGAUUCAAGAGAAAAUUAGCCAAUAAGAAUCAGUCAUGUAUAACACUAAUUUGUCAUGUAUAUAAUAUAACGUAUUUCAUUGCAGUGUGAAUCAAUUUGAAUUGAGUCAUUAACCUAACAUUUUGUAUUUAUUUACAAUGUUUAUAUUUUGAGAAUAAUAUUGUCAAUUGAGCUACGAUUUGAUGCUCAAUUUAAUAAUCAAUAGAUCAUUCAGAAAUGAUGGCAUAAACUGACCACAAAAAUA